AUGGCAUCCGCAAAUUCAGAUAGCUUAGAUAUUCAUUCAGUAUUUAGCGUUCAGGAGCUUAUCAAAGAGCCCAUAAUUUCAGUCCCACAACAAUAUGUUCAUUUGAAUCAGCAAAACCCAACUGUUUCUGAGUUCACUGGUCCCCUCCCAACUCUUCCUACAAUUGACUUUAAACAGUUGGUCUCAGUGGAUACCACGGAUUUGGAGCUAGAACGGUUGCACUCCACUUGCAAAGAAUGGGGUUUCUUUCAGUUGGUGAACCAUGAAGUUUGCUCUUCACUGAUGGACGAGCUGAACCAUGAGAUUAAACAAUUUUAUAAUCUUCCCUUGGAAGAAAAAAUGAAAUACAUGGUAAGGCCAGAUGAUUUUCAAGGGUAUGGCAAGGCUAAAUUAGAAGAAAAACUUGACUGGGGUGAUAGGUUCUAUCUGAUCACCAAUCCUGUUCAUCACAGGAAGCCACAUCUUUUCCCAGAGCUCCCACCAUCACUCAGGAAUACCUUGGAAUGUUACCUGCUGGAAUUGCAAAGACUUGCCAUGAAACUGCUUGGGUUUAUAGCAGAAGCUCUAAAAAUGGACCUGAAGGAGAUUGAGGAGAUGUUUGAUGAUGGGAUGCAAUCAGUGAGGAUGACAUACUAUCCUCCAUGCCCACAGCCAGAAAAUGUUAUAGGCCUUAGACCUCACUCAGAUGCAACUGGCAUCACCAUCCUUAACCAAGUCAAUGGUGUAGAUGGUCUUCAGAUUAAAAAGGAUGGGUUCUGGAUUCCUGUGAAAUUCAUCCCAGAUGCUCUUGUAGUGAAUGUAGGAGACAUUCUUGAGAUUAUGAGCAACGGUGUCUAUAACAGCAUUGAGCACAGGGCAACGAUAAACUCUGAGAAAGAAAGGAUAUCCAUUGCAUAUUUUGUCAACCCCAAAUUUGAGGCAGAGGUUGGUCCUGCGACAAGUUUAAUCAACCCACAAAGUCCACCAUUGUUUAGAAGCAUGAGAAUGGAAAAAUAUGUUAAAGAUUUCUUCUCCCGUAAGCUUUGUGGAAAAUCAUUCUUGGAGCACAUGAAAAUUGAAAGUACUGAAGAAGCUACACUACUUGAUGGCAAUUGA